UGUUGUAUCAGUAUAUCGUGUACAUCUACUGAAGAUAACAAGAGGAGCAGAUUGUUUGUCAGUAGAUUGUCUGGUUUCCGAGCAUCACGUGAUGUGUUGGGGGCGCGCACGAGCGAGACAUGAAUGAUGAGCUCGUUGUGUGCAAAUAAGUUAACUCGAUUCGUUCUCGAAAGUGACGGUAUUUGUCGCUUGGCGAUAAAUGGAGAAGGCUGGAAAGCGGCGGGAGAAGAAUCUCAAGAAAGAGGGAACCCCGUUAGCAACGUGGUCUCUUUUCUUGGUCGAACGCACGCCGGCAAGAGUUUCAUUUGCGCAGAAAUACUCAAACGGCUUGGCACGGGCGGCGGUCGACCAAACGUUGCAGGAGAUGGAACCAUGACUCCGACGUCUUCAGAUGUCAACUCGUAUCAUGGAAGGAUGCGGAAAAGCGGCCGGUUUGUACGGUUAUUGGACUGUGAAGGAGAAGGUGGCAGGGUGGCACCUAAGGAGCUCUUGGACACAGCUCUCUGGACCCAUGAAAUGGUUCGUCAUAAGCGAUCUGUUGUGGUUGAGAAGUUUUUGCCACGAAUGGCCUAUGUUAGUAGCGAAGUGGUCAUUUAUGUCACUCGUGAUGAUCUGUCUGAUGUCCGCUGUAUUGAGGAAGUGUGCAGAUUUGCUCUGGAUCAAACCAACAACGCUCAUGCUGUGAAGCCUUAUCUUAUCAUCAUUUCAAACAGAACUGAAUAUGCAUCUGCAACGAUUGAGCAAACAACAAAGGAAUUCUAUGAUACUCACUGCCCAGAAGAGGAGCUAAAUGAUUACUAUCGUGAGAUUAAAGUUCAACGUGUCCCAAUGAAAGAUCGAUCUCCCGAAGAUUUUGAAUCUCGUCUUGAUGAACUCAUUUCUACCAUAGACAACAUGUUGGAGUCUAAAAUACCAGAAAGGGAUCUACUUGGCAUCCAUUACAGUGAAAUAAUUUGGUUGUUAGUUUUCAACAUUCUCAUUAGUGAGUAUUUUGAUCUUGACAAGCCAAUUCACUUUGGAGAAGUCAUCCAGAAAGCAAUGAUACCAAAGGAGGACUUCUUUGUCCAUCAAGUCUUUCGGUUUUUUAUUACUGUUAAUCAAUAUCUCAAUCAAUAUCUCGAUCGAUACCAUGCUGAUUCAGAUGACCCGACAGUUCACAGAUCAUUUCAUAUAGCCAGAGCUUCAGCCAUCGAAAUGCUUGGUGCUCUGCAUGCUGCUGAUAUCAAUGAAUGGGCAAAUGAGUUGGGGUCAAAUGUUGUGAAAAGUCCAGUUCAAUUGAAAGAUCGGCAGGAUGCUGCUAUGAAAGAUUUUGAGAAACUUAACAUGGAGAUUUCCAACUAUGCUCCUUGUACUGCUGUGUUUAACAGGAAGGGCACUCUUAUUACUUGUGUUCGGCACCGUAUGGAGCAUGACAGCAAUCUACAUUGCAACCCCACCUUUCACUUCCACGAGAAGGAGAUGCUUGCUGAAACUACUAGUGGUUUCUACAGAGCUGUCAACAAGAUCAAAAAGAAGUAUCAUCGACUUCAAAACAAAAGCUUUCCAGCCAAAUGGGAAGGUUCCUAUCAGUUUGAUGAUCCCGUGGAACCUUCAGAUUUGCAAGGAAUAUUCAUGGAAACAAUGAAGAAGCUUGAAAAUGAUUUCCCAAUCGAUAAGUCACGUAUAAUCAAUGCUGUAGCACGAGUGGCUAUUGUACGAAAAGCAUAUCCAGUUGUGUUGGGUGCAUCAUCUGAACUACGCCAUCUGGGAGCAGUCUCAGACCAGCACUUGCUCAAAUGCAUUGUAUGCCUGUCAACACACAAACGUCGAGAUGCAAAGAUUGGUGUGAAGCAGCUCAUUCCAUGUGGCCACACGUUUUGUGAAGUUUGUAUCGACCCAUUCCGAUCAGCCAACGGUGAAGAACAGGUGUCUGUACUGUCUGGAGAAUCUACACUGAACGGCUCUUGUCCACUAUGUCAUUCCAGAGUUGCCCAAUUGUCUCAAGUUGCUUGAAUGACUAUAAACUGUAUGGUUAAAACUAUUAGCUGUAACAUGUGGACUGCUCGAUUCGAAUACUCUUUUGCUGUACUGCUCUACAUUGUAUUUCGUUGUUUUGCAAGUUGACUGCUAGUUUAGGACACAGCGUCCUUUUCAAUAUGAAUUUGCGUUUUUAUUGUUUGGAAUUGUUUGAUUGGCUGCAAGGCUGGCUGAGGUGUAAGCUCCGCC